AUUGCUGGGGAACCCGACACUAUCUGAUGAUUCGCCGCCGUUUAGUCGAGAGAGGAACACAAGAGGUACUGUGAGCAAUGCUCACUAAGAAUACCCCCCGCUUACCCCAAUCUCCCAAAGGGUGUUGGUAAUGGGUAUAAACUACCUCUUUUCUGAGUGUAAAAAACAAAUGGCAAGACAAACCGAACCAUAUUGCUACUUCGAUGUCCAGUGCGCGUGACCCCAAAAUCGAUAGGGAACAUCUUCAUCCCAUGGGUAGUCCAUCUGUAUGAUAUGGUGACUGUAGGUGGAAAGGAUAAUGCUUUAGAGCCCGGAAACCAUAUUGCUACUUCGAUGUCCAGUGCGCUUGACCUUUGAUCUUUUGACCCCAAAAUCAAUAGGAAACAUCUUCAUCCCAUGGGUAGUCCAUAUGUAUGAUAUGGUGACUGUAGGUGGAAAGGAUAACGCUUUAGAGCCCGGAAACCAUAUUGCUACUUUGAUGUCCAGUGCGCUUGACCUUUGGACCCCAAAAUCGAUAGGGAACAUCUUCAUCCCAUGGGUAGUCCAUAUGUAUGAUAUGGUGACGGUAGGUGGAAAGGAUAAUGCUUUAGAGUCCGGAAACCAUUGCGUCUACAGACGGACGGACGGACAGACAGACGGACAACCCGAUUCCAGUAUAACCCCCCCCCCCCCAACUUGUUGCGGGGGGUAUAACUAGAGUUGGAAGACUCCUUUCUACAAUCGUUGCCUUGCGGUGGUGGUCGCGAUCAAGAAGAAUGACAUGUAAAAUUGUGUAUUAACAUUAUAUUGUAUGUUCAAUAAAAUAUGAAAAUGUUCAUUGUGUUAUGAGUAUAAAUAGAGAAGGAAUGGAGACAUGGUCAUCAUUUGAAUCAUCAUGGCUCACCGAGAAGGGUUUUACAUGACUCUCCUCAGUGACGGGUCUAUGGAAGCUUUUUCAAAUAAUACGACUGCUCAAUUUAAAACCCUAUUACCACAAACCCUGGAUUUAACGGACGGAGAAUGGGAAGUAGGGCUAACCGAAAUGAUGUAUACCAAUGCCUUGAAAAAUAUUACAAAGGAAGAGGCUUAUUUUGACAUCCUUAUCCCUACAGCUUACGCCCAACAGGUUAAAAAUCCAGAUACGUUUAAAUGGGGGCGAUUUACACUGACCAAAAAAAAAACUCGAUUCCUUUAAAUCGUUGUGCUGUAGUGGUUGAUUGGACCCAUACGCAUUGGGCGGAUGUCAUUCCACUCAAUGCUAUGAUGACUAUUUACCGAAUUCACUUUAGACCCGGGGCUUACAUUCAUUCCACGGCUUUAAUCGAUGAAAUCAAUGAAGCCUUGCACAGAACAUUCGAAAAGAUAUGGAAAACAGCCGGCGAUCCGCGAGAAGAGAAUUCUAUGAAAUUAGUGUACUUCGAGAAAUAUGAUCGAGUCAUGUAUCAGUUUCAUGGUAGUAUACUUAAAAAAACAACAGCCUUAGCCAUCCGUUUUCCCACUGGCUUAGCUUACAAACUCGGAAUAGGGAGUGAGAAACUCAUCAUUCCCAAUGAAUCCAUGACUACGUGGUUGAACGUGACUUACUUACCUAACCAUACCAUGGAUUUGUACGAAAAUCUGAAAUCCAUGUACGUGUAUUGCGAUGUGGUGGAUCCGCAGGUGGUGGGGUCCAACGAAUUGAAAUUAUUAAGAGUGGUUCCUUGUAACUUUCAUCAAGAUGAUAGACAACAAGCCAAAUGGGAACGUAUCCGAGUAGAAUAUUUGAAACUGAGUAAAAAACAUUUCGAUACCAUCGAUAUUCACAUCAUGACCUCUCUGGGGACCCCCAUGCGCUUUUUAAAUGGAAGAACGAUCGUGAAACUUCAUUUCCGAAAAGUGUAUUGAAGAGAAAAGUCGUGUGACGAUGAAGUAUCAUCGCGGAGUCAGACGACAGAAAGGACACGGAUUAUUUUCCAUUCUCCUUCCCAUGCUGGUUACGGCCAUAGCCGGGGCCGUUCAAGGAGGCAAAGGUAUGAAAAGAAAAAGGAGGGGUCGCAAAAAGUAUAAAAAGCGGGUAAGGCUCUGAAAGGGGUCAGUCUCGACAAAGAUGCAGUAUCAACGAGGUUUAUUACACCAGCGGGGUCAUGGGUGGGGUAGUCUCUUAAAAACAGUCGGUAAACUAGCGGCUCCCGUGAUCGGUCAGGUCGUUGGACGGUUACUGGGAGGGAGCCCCGCACCACAAACAGGCGAUGGAUAUUUUGGAGAUUGGUCCAAGAGUUUGGCUCGUGGCAUUGUUAACACGGCCGGUAAAGUCAUCGGAGGAUUAUAGUACCGUCACCACAAGGGGGGAAAGGUUACAUCGAUUUCCUCAAAAAGGUUAACCCCACGCAAUGGGGAAAAGGUUUAUUCACCGAUUUGCUCAAAUCGGGAGCUAAAAGUGCUUUAUCAGCAGUCGCUAAAACGGGAUUAGAUGUCUUAGAAAAUAAACGGUCUCUCAAAGAUGCCAUCAAGACACACGGAAUACAAGCCAUCAAAAAUACGAGUCGUAUGGCCAUGCCGAGAAUUCAACAAAAAUUAAGAUCCCGUCAAGGGGACAGUGUUUUAGCGGGGAUGGUGAAACGAGGAGCACGACAAUCCAUGAAAGCCGGUACCGGACAGGGUUAGAUGUCUUAGAAAAUAAACGAUCUCUCAAACAAGCGCUCAGAACUCACGGAAGGCAGGCGUUAGCAACCACUAUGAGGAGAAAGAAAACAGAAAGGAAAAGGCUUUUUUUACCGAUUCACUCAAAACGGGGGCUAAACAAGCUUUGACGGCCGCCGCAAAGACGGGGUUAGAUGUUUUAGAAAAUAAGAGAUCUCUCAAAGACGCUCGGUAUACGAGCCGCUAAGAAUACAGCCGGUAUGGCCAAACAUCGUCUCUUAGCAAGAGGGGGACCCCGUAAAAGACAGGCCGGUGCACGAGGACAUCGUAAGAGACAGUCCAAGACCCCCUCUCAACAACGUCUCUUAGGAGGACCGCGUAAAAGAAAGCCCCAUCCACCGGUCCGGGGUAAGAAGAAGCGAUCUCUCGACAUUUUCGACUGAACCUAUAAAAAGGAGAUGUGAGGGAGGGGUGAACCCAUUUGAUUCCUAACAACGAUCAGUAACACAUCGUUCAAAAAUGAUGCACAGAGAAUCCUGCGCGUGUGGGACCGACAGUUUGGAACUGUUUAAAGUUCCCCCGACUAACGUCACUUUAGAAGACUCUAAAUGGAUGGAAUAUUAUCCGAUUUCCAGUACGUUAAAUUCGGAUACGGCUCCCAUUGAAUUUGAAAUCAAAGGUCAAGGAGAUGAAUAUCUGGAUUUAUCUCAAUCGUAUCUCCAGAUGGUCUGUAAAUUCACCAAAGCAGACGGAACGGCUCUCACGGGAGCGGGUUCUACUUCCACCCCGGUCAAUAACAUCUUACAUUCCUUAUUCAGUGAAAUCGAUGUGAGUCUCAAUGGCAAAGUCAUUACCCCCGGAAUGGAUACUUAUCCGUACAAAGCCUACUUGGAAAAAUUACUGUCUUAUGCCCCCAAAACUCUGAAAACUCAGAUGAGAGCCUGUACCUUGUGGGAAAAAGAUACCGCCAGUCAAAUGGAAGAUCGAGAGUAUUCUGGUCUGGUUCAACCUCCAAAGGAUUUUACCGUAGUUGGUGAUAAAGUCACCAUCAAUGCAAUGCUACCCACCCCAAUAUAUCCCGACGAUUCUCAGAAUGUGGGGUUGAGAAAACGUCAUCACAAAAUAAAUAACAGUAAGGAAAUUGUCUUGAUGGACCGUUUACAUCUGGAUUUGUUUCAGCAAGAGAAAUGUCUACCGAACGGAGUAGACGUACGUCUCCGAUUCAAUCGUGCCAGACCUCAAUUCUACAUGAUGACCGAUGCCGGAAGUAGUGGGAAAGUAGCCAUUCAAAGUAUGGUGUUGUGGGUGAGAAAAGUCAAACCGACUCCAACGAUCAUCAAUCUGAUCAAUCAACAGCUGAGUACUCAAACAGCUAAAUAUCCAUUGAGAAGAGUGGAAGUGAAAACGUUCACGAUCCCCACCGGGACCCAAUCGAAAAUCACCGAUCACCUAUUCCAAGGCCAGAUGCCCAAACUCAUCCUCUUGGGGUUUGUGGAAAACGCCGCCUUUAACGGGGAUGAUGCUAAAAAUCCGUUUAAUUUCCAAAAUCAGAAAAUCAAAAAAUUAGAAGUCAGUAUCAAUGGAGACAUGAUGGAAACUCGUCCCCUGGAACCGAAUUUCACGGCCGAUCAGUAUCUGAGAUCGUAUUUAAGUCUGUACAAAGGAUUGGGAAAAUUAGGGCAAGAUUGGGCUCCCGACAUUACUCUGGAAGAGUAUAAAAACGGUUACAGCCUAUGGUGUAUGGAUUUCACCAAAGAUCAAGAAGCUCAGACGGAUAAAUUUCAUCUCAUACAGACGGGGAACCUGAGAGUAGAAGUACAAUUUGCCGACAGCAUAGCGACGACCUUAAACUGCGUGGUGUAUGCCGUCUUUGACAAUUUGCUAGAAAUCAACAAACAACGAGAAGUCAGCAUCGAUUACUGAUGGACACGUAUCAAUUGAGAGACGUCUUAUCUCGAGAUUUAGGCCCUGCGUUUGGAGGUGUGUAUCCUAGAGACGUAUUACCGGAGAUCUUACCCCACCAAAAAGCGAUCGUGAUCAAUACAGACCCUCAUCAUCGCCCCGGAGCCCACUGGGUCUGUUUGUAUUUGAACAGCCCCAUCAUAGAAUAUUUUGAUUCUUACGGAUUACCCCCGAUGCAUCAAGAAAUCAAAGCGUUUAUGCGACGCCACGGCGACACUUGGAUUCAUAACACGAAUUGAUAUCAAGCGUUGAACACGGAUGUCUGUGGACAAUAUUGUGUGUAUUAUCUACAUCAACGCCAUCGUAAAAGAAAAACGGUUCAAGAUUGGUUACUUCCUUGGAAAGGCACGGCGUUACAACGAGAUCGUUAUGUAGCCCAAUGGUUUAAAGAGACAUUUCGUAAACCUAGAACCCAUAAAGGACAAAGUUGUCAAUGUCAUGGUAUUAACUUGUCACUGAUGUAAUUGUUCAAAUGUUUAAUUGUUUACAAAAUAAAAAUUUUAAAAAAAGAUCUGUGUUGUGUGCGUGUGUACCUAUAUAAGACAGGUUUGCCACAGUAAAAAAAUCAGUCUGCCAAAAGAUGGAAUACGUGCCAGUUUAUAGAAGAGUCAAAGGAGUGAGAGAAACUCCUCAAAGUAUGGCAUGGACUUUUAUCUUAGACAAUGCAGGACCGGAGGAUAUCGUUAAAAUCGUUCAGAGUGAAUACCAGUAUUUGAUCAUGACCCGAGAUCAACAA